AUGUCAGCGACGCAAAGCCAGCAGGCUCCUGGCGGCCCGUCAAACGCCCGCCGCAAAUUGAUCAUCGUCGCUGCGUUUGCCGCUAGCGUGUCGGCGAGCCCUCCGUCGCCACCCAGCGCACCUGCUUGCAACUUUGUUGCCGACGUGGUUCUCGUGUUGGAUAGCAGCGGCAGCAUCGACGAAUCUUCAAGUCGACCAGGGGUCGCAAAGUUCGCAACGGAUAUCAUAAACGACUUGGCGGUCGACGAGAAUUUCGUGCACGUCGGCAUUGUGGAGUUCGCUUCAAAUACAUACGUGUGCAGCAAUCUCACGUACGACGACAACACACUUGCAUCUGCCAUUAAUGAUACAUACAAGGCGAACAUCAAACCCGAUCCUGGGGACCGAGCAGCGAAAACAUUUAUUUCCAACGCGCUCCUCCUCGGAGAGCAGCUGCUGACUCGUACCGGCCGAACUGAAGCCACGAAGAUCAUGCUCCUCCUGACCGAUGGGGAGCAGACCUGCAGUCGCAACUACCCGGACACCGGAGAUAGCUGCCCGGCUGAUGGAGAGAGCUACAUCGAGAAUUGCUAUGUCGACUGGGACUUUGGCAACUCGACCCAUACACCGAGUGGGAGCCCUCUCGGCCCUUACAUAGGCGACUUGCCUAGGAUGUGCGGCUCGGAGGCGGAGAACACGAACAACUAUCAAUACAGAAAGCCAGAGGCGAUAUGGCAGGCGGAGCUGAUCAAGAACCGGAACCCGGAGCUCGUCCUCUUUGCAGUCGGCUUCGGAGCGGUGAGCCACGAAACGCUAGGCAACAUAGCAACGCCCGGCUACAGCUUCAAGGGCACCGACAUUCAAGCCGUCACCGCCGAGUUUCAGAAGAAUAGCUACUUCUCAGAAGCGCGCCCCCCCCCCUGGAAGCGAUAUCCGCCUGCUCUCAUCGGCGGCGUCGCUGCGGCCACGCUCUCCCUGCUCUGCUGCGCGCUCUGCCUCGUCCUCUACUUCAUCGAGCAGGAGCAGGAGCAGGAGCAGGAGCAGGAGCAGGAGCAGAGUCGCCUGGAGGCGCACCUCGCGCCGGAAAAAGGAAUUCCACCCGGGGCACCGCCCCCUCCUGCAAUUCCUCCGACGGCCCCCCCUGCAACCCCACCGGACGACUGCGUCUUCUGCGGCGCCGCCAUCGCCUUCAUCGUCAUCCGCGCCCUAGUGGUCAUGCUGGCCGCAGCCUUCGCCACCGGCCUCGCCCUCGCCUACCGCGCGCAGUGCCGCGCCUGCCGUGAUAGUCUUAGUCGUGUAUCGCGCGCCCUGCGGGUGGGGCGCGGAAAAGAGGAACCUCUUAGCGCCAUCAUGGUGCUGCAAGCAGCGCCGGGCGACCGUGCCCAGUGUCUGUAUGUGGCUCUUACGUACAUCCCGGAGGGAGGAGGAAUCUGCUGA